AUGUGGAGAUUAAAGAAUCAGAAGAAGAAAGAAACGGCAGAUUCGCCGAGUUCUUCUCCAACAGCACCGUCAGUCGAUUCAGCGGUGAUGGGAAGUGGUCAGACUCAUUUUACCUAUGAAGAGCUAGAGGACAUAACAGAAGGGUUUUCUAAGCAAAACAUACUUGGAGAAGGAGGUUUUGGUUGUGUCUACAAAGGUAAACUAAAAGAUGGAAAACUUGUUGCUGUUAAGCAGCUUAAGGUUGGUAGCGGACAAGGAGACCGUGAGUUUAAGGCGGAGGUUGAGAUUAUUAGCCGUGUUCAUCAUCGCCAUUUGGUAUCGCUUGUUGGAUACUGCAUUGCGGAUUCAGAGAGAUUGCUUAUCUAUGAGUAUGUUCCUAACCAAACAUUGGAGCAUCAUUUGCAUGGGAAGGGUAGGCCAGUGCUUGAAUGGGCUAGGAGAGUCAGAAUCGCUAUAGUUCUGCCAAAGGUUUGGCGUAUUUGCACGAAGACUGUAAGUCACCCAAAAAUCAUUCACAGGGACAUAAAGUCCGCUAACAUCUUGCUGGACGAUGAGUUUGAAGUUCAGGUUGCUGACUUUGGACUUGCCAAAGUCAAUGAUACAACACAAACUCAUGUCUCAACUCGCGUUAUGGGAACCUUCGGGUACUUGGCACCAGAAUAUGCACAAAGUGGACAACUUACUGAUAGAUCAGAUGUUUUCUCGUUUGGAGUUGUUCUCUUAGAGCUUAUAACUGGACGCAAACCUGUUGACCGGAACCAGCCUUUGGGAGAAGAGAGUUUGGUUGGAUGGGCUCGUCCACUACUUAAAAAAGCCAUUGAGACCGGUGAUUUCAGUGAACUAGUUGAUAGACGGCUCGAAAAGCAUUACGUGAAGAAUGAAGUUUUCAGAAUGAUUGAAACGGCUGCUGCUUGUGUUAGGUAUUCAGGUCCAAAACGUCCACGCAUGGUUCAGGUUUUGAGAGCACUAGAUAGUGAAGGAGACAUGGGAGAUAUCUGCAAUGGAAUCAAAGUGGGACAAAGCAGUACUUGUGACGACUCUGGUCAGAAUCAUAGUGUGAUAAAGGACGUCGGGUCUAUAGGAAGAGGAGGAAUGGUGGUAUCAGGGGUGAGGGUGGUCACACGUUUGAUGGUUGAUGCUUAUCAUAAUCGGCACGAGGGAAAGAAAGCAGAGAGAAGAAUCUGAAGGGAUGCUGAAGAUCCUGAUCUCACUUUUUAUUUCCAUUUCUGUAAUCUGUAGAAUGGGGUGCUAAAACUAAUAACAACUUUACUUACUUGAAAUUGAAAUACUUAAAAAACUAAUGCGUG